CCUUUUUACAGUCAUCGCUGUCAGUGUUUACCAGCAUUUCCGAAGACAACGCGCAGCAACAGCAGCCGCUCCGCUCACUGAUCCCGAGUCGAGGGCGAGGCGGACUCUGUUAAAACCCCACCGAAGAGGCUGUGGGUCUCUGGAGUGAGGGAUGGCGGACGAGGAGAGCGCUCCACAGGGGGAGGCCCCGGACCACACCCCCCCCUACAUUAUCUUCCUCCUGGUCCUGUUUUUCUUCCUCACCGGCCUGCUGGGCUUCCUCAUCUGCCAUGUCCUGAAGAAGAAGGGGUACCGCUGCCGGACAGGGGAGCCUGAGGAGGAGGAGAGUGAGGGCAAGCUGACCCGGGAGGACACCGAGGAUUGUGUUCCAGAUGAUCAGGCAGAGGACCAGGACACAGUGGAGCAGAUAGUGAAGUGCAUCAUUGAGAAUGAAGCGAAUGCAGAAGCCCUGAAGGAGAUGCUGGUGAACCAGGAGCCAGCGGAGCGGACAGACCCGCGGUUUUCUCGACAGGACAGCGCUGGCAGCUUGCCGCCCCAUCACCACACGGUGCACUCCGGCAGCGAGCGCACAGCCUGCCACCACUGCAACCAGAGCCGGGCCAAGAGAGCGCGGGGGCGAGCGAGGGCUCCCCGGAGCAAGACCCGCCUGAGAGAGACCACCGUCUUCUCAGUGGGGAGGUUCAGGGUGACCCACAUUGGUAAAAAGUCUGGAAAUCAGGAGAAAACCGGACAAUCAGAACAAGCCGAGGGUGACACCCUGCAGAAGGAUGGCAAAGUCGGACAAUCGGAGACAGAGUCGCAUGAGAAGUGCAGCCUUCGAGAAAUGUUCAAAGACACGCCCACUGAUGACACAAAUGGUGCGUUCCAGAGAGGGACUGAGCCAAUGGGCGAGGAAGUCAGCUUGGAGAUGGGGGGAGGCAAUGAUGGGGAAUCCCAUGUGGAGGGGCUAAAGAAUGGCACAGUCCAAACCGAGAGCACAGAUAAAGGCACAUCACAAACAGACAGCACCCAUAAUGGGACAGCCCAAACCAAGGACACUAAUAAUGGCACAGCUCAAACCAAGGACACGAAUAAUGGCACAGCUCAAACCAAGGACACUAAUAAUGGCACAGUUCUAAAAGACCCCAAUAAUGGCACAGCUCAAACCAAGUACACUGAUAAAGGCACUGCCCAAACAGGGCACAUUGGUGGUGAUGGUGCAGCACGAAGCAAACGUCUUCAUCAUGGUACAGUUGUGAUUGGUGGAGCAGCCGGCAGGGAGUUCCGUUACAGCAGAGUCCAAACGGAGGACGAAGAGGUGGCACAGACAGAGGAUUCGAAAGACGACAUGGUUCAGAUGGAGGACAUUAAAGACUGUAAAGUGAGCCAGGAGGAGGGGGGAGAGGAGCCUCAGCGAGGCCAGUGUGUGGAGAGCAACAACCGCAAGAGGGGCGCCGCCCACGCCCCCCACAAGUGGUGAGGGCCCCAAGGGUUCAGACUGUCUGCAGCUUCCUCUCCCUCCCUGUCCAUCACAGGAAGGCAGCCCCAGAACCAGCACCCCCACUUCACGGGAAUCCUCCAUUCGGAAUCUGAAGUUCAGACUUUUCUCAAAUGCAGAUAUUUCAUCAUGUAGAUUUAAGUGACCGUUUCAGACAAUCCUGUAGAUGCUGCCAUGACUCUGAAUCUGUGAGGUACCCCAAAAAUAAACCCAAAACAAAACGAAACAAACAUCCAGUCAAGGGUUGCUGUGACCCCGACUUUUCCAACACACUGCAGCGCUGGUCUCAUUACCCCUGUGCCUCCCCUCUGUGAUCAACAGACAACCAGGGCAUUCCCCAGCCCCCCUGUUAGAAGACCCUGUGAAUCAGCUAGCUGUUAACACUGCGCUUGCUGUUUUAAUCGAUGAGCCGGUCGUGCUGUCUGUCUGGAGUGCAGUGGCUCUGGCCCUCUCAUGACAGUGUGCGUAUUCAUUUCCUGACAGGACCCAUAUCCAUCCCCUGUGCUUUACUGGAGGCUCCCAUUCCUUCAGCUGGCCUGGUACUGAAUUAAUCACAGUGCCAGUGUGUCUGCUGUACCUGCCAUGUGGCUGCAUUGUUAACUCUCCCUGGUCCAUUUGCUUUCAACAAUAACAAAAUGCAGCAGCUGUGAAUCAUGCUGUCUGGAUUUCAAGGUUUAAGCCAACUUUGGUUCAGCUGAACAAUAAAAGCUGAAAACCACGUAGCGCCUGUUCUGUAUCUGACACUGCGGAUAACAAGCAAACAGCCCUGCACACCUGCGCUGGAUUUACUGUUUAGUGAAACAACAUUGCCACCUGCUGUGUGUGUUCAGUAUUCCACGGGCUGCACCAACACUGCAGAGCUGAGCUGCACGGACAGCCCUCUAUCGGUUUCAGCUUAGGAGCUCUGUCAGUCUGGGAGGUCUUCGCUUUCUUACCAUGGUCCUUCGCCUGUACCACAGCAGCUGUACAGACCCUCCGCUCCUGGUCUGAGCAAGUGGAAGGUUCAGUCCGGGGUUGAGGUUCAUGUAACAGUCUUAGAAUCCUGGUCAGUAGGCUAGAUGCUGGAGACCAGGCAAGCCUGUGUUGAAGCUGGUGGAAAUCUUUACACAUUGGCAUUCUACUCGCUCAAGGUGUUUUACAACGGGCUGCAGUUUAUCUUCAGAGGGAUAGAACCCGGGUCCUCCUGCAGUUGGUUCCUUUUCCACCGGAUGGCAUUGCUGUGCACAUGUGCAGUGGGUUAUCUGGGAGUAGAUAGGAUGGACCCCUGCAACAAGGCAGACAGUUUUAUAAAUUGUUGAUGGUUGGUUUCACAGCCCCAGAUUAGCAGUAAACUUGAAUUGCUAUACCUAAGGAACGAUCAAGGUUCUCAAGUGCUAAUCGGGGUCUGUGGAACCAGGAGUAAAUCACUGAGACGGGUCAGUUAGUGUUGAGCUGUCUGCCCUUAAUAAUGGCUUAUAGGGUUCUAGAAAGAGAACAGAGUCGAGCUUGACGGAGAGAGAUAUAAUCAAGCCGGUCCCAUUCUGUUCCCCCUCAGCUCUGGCUGUAUGGUCAAGUCAAGCCGGUCCCAUUCUGUUCCCCCUCAGCUCUGGCUGUAUGGUCAAGUCAAGCCGGUCCCAUUCUGUUCCCCCUCAGCUCUGGCUGUAUGGUCAAGUCAAGCCGGUCCCAUUCUGUUCCCCCUCAGCUCUGGCUGUAUGGUCAAGUCAAGCCGGUCCCAUUCUGUUCCCCCUCAGCUCUGGCUGUAUGGUCAAGUCAAGCCGGUCCCAUUCUGUUCCCCCUCAGCUCUGGCUGUAUGGUCAAGUCAAGCCGGUCCCAUUCUGUUCCCCCUCAGCUCUGGCUGUAUGGUCAAGUCAAGCCGGUCCCAUUCUGUUCCCCCUCAGCUCUGGCUGUAUGGUCAAAUCAAGCCGGUCCCAUUCUGUUCCCCCUCAGCUCUGACGGUAUGGUCAAGUCAAGCCGGUCCCAUUCUGUUCCCCCUCAGCUCUGGCUGUAUGGUCAAGUCAAGCCGGUCCCAUUCUGUUCCCCCUCAGCUCUGACGGUAUGGUCAAGUCAAGCCAGUCCCAUUCUGUUCCCCCUCAGCUCUGACGGUAUGGUCAAGUCAAGCCGGUCCCAUUGUGUUUGUAGUGGGCAGCAGAGCAAUCUGUGUAUCGUGGCCUUACAAUGAAUAAGGAUGUUCUUCUUGCAUGAAUUUCUAUUGAUCUAAAACUGUGGAAGCAUGGGACUAAGAUAUUGGUUGAAAAAUGAAGUCUAAUGACAAGUAAGAAUGGGUUGGAUAUACAAAUCCUUGAAACCAAAACUGCAUCUGAGAACAUGGGAAUUCCACCUGAGAAGAUGCUGGACUGUUCCAUUUUAAGUUAUACCAGAUUUUAAAAGACAAGUAAAAAAGAUAAAGCUAUGCAUUUUAACAGAACUUCA